AUGGCUCGCAGAAACCGCAGUUUCAGAGCUUCCGGACGCGCGCUCGAUAUCCUCAACAGCAUCAACAAUCCCAGCACCAGCCGCAAACAACGCGACCAGCCCGUCCGAAGUUCCCGCCGCGCGACGCAUGGGGGAGAGAGUCAAGACGUCCCUAAAAAUCGGGACGAUAUCUGGCAGAUUCCUGUGUCGCCGGAAGUUCGCACGCCUUCCCCUCCGGCCUCCAGGCACACACCACCGCAGACCCUACACAUACCCGAAGCAGAACCCACACCGCGGCGAUCGAGGCGGCUUCAACACGAGACGCCGGAGAACUCGUCGCCGCUGCGAGAUCCGUUGCGGCAACAAGAGCAGACGCCUGAUGUGGAAGAGCCGGAGCCAGAGGCGGAGCCGGAGUCGGAGUCGGAGUCGGAAUGGGUAUCAGAUGGAGGAGGCUCUGAAGGAAGCGAGGAAGUGAGCCAGGAGCCGUUGGAGGAAUACAGUGAGGGCGAUGAGGCACCAGAUGGACAACAAGCGGUGGCACACGAGACAGCGACGAAGAAAAGGAAGACCGCUGCGAUGGAAAGCCCGCGAGAGGAUGGAGAACCGCAGAAUACGCACGAUCGGGAUCAGCCGGCAAGAGACCAGCAGGCCAACGCCCCUUCACCCCAUCGCGGCAACCCUGACAAUCUGUCUAGUCCCACAUCCCGUCGUCAGCGGCGCCGGGUUCGGUCUCCUUCGCGCGUACGAAUAGAGAUCCCUCCGCGCGCGUCGUCGCCUGCGCAACCCGAGCCAUCUCCGGAUUCCCAUGACCAGACCCAAACGACCGAUCGGGCCCUGGAGGUUGCGCCUGAGCCGGUCAAGGAGAUCUGGUUUGACCAAGCGCAACAUCUGGGGGGCCAAGAGGAUAAUUGGAGGACACUGACCGCCGCGGUGAGGACGCUGCGGAAAACCAAGGUGCCAUCCGUGGAGCACUACCUGGGAGAUGUCAAGGGUGCCGUCGACUUCUUCCAAAAUAGUUACAAGCGCACUGUCAUUACGCCGCUCCGGGAAGGCGAUGCGCCCGCGUCCGAGAGCGCGGCGCAGUUCGACGAUCUCCUCGCCGUGAUCCAACAGGAAGGGGACCAGGUCAUGGACGUCAUCUACGAGCUGACGGAACCCGCACAGCGUCGGGACCUUCUUGAUGGGUUUGGAGCCCGAGCGAUCGACUGGGCCUACAAGGUGGUGAAGCAAUGCUUCCGAGCCUACUAUAUUGCGGGGGGACGGUAUCCGGCGGCGCGAAGACAUUUCCGUCGGGCGUUGGCCCUGCUCUCCUGGUUCUGUCGACGGCUGGGCUCGUUGGCGGGUCGGAUGCAGAUGGAGACGCGACAGAAGGAGCUGCGACGGUUGGAAAAGUCGCUGGCCAAACUCCAAGCGGCGUUGGAGUCGCGGGCGUUGGAACCGGAGGCCCGGGAGGCCCGGGAGGCCCUCGAGGGCCCCGGGGCCCCCGUCGGAGGGGGCACACUCCGCGAUCUGGUUUUCCCUUAUGGUCGCAAGCCGUGGACGAACGACGAAGGGCAGGCUUUACUGGAUGGUCUGCAGCGAUACCAAGGCCCAGAUCGAUACUAUCGGAUCCUCACCCAGUCGGGUCGACGACUCCUCGGUCGCACCGCGUUGGAACUGCGGGAACAAGCGUGCCAAUUACGGGAUCGCAUCCUGACGCAGCACGACCAUGAGCUCCACAGCAUGGAGGGACAACGGAAAUGGCGAUGGCUCCUGAGUGUGCGUGAGGAGUGAGAGUGGUUGAAUUGAUGGUGAUCGAGAUACCCAGUUCUAUUUUUGUAUUAUUCCUACUAUCGUAUUCCAACUACUGCAGUACUACUACAGCUCCACGAACCAUGGGUCGAACAAGUGGAGCCCUGGAACGAGGGUUUCAGGAGACCACAACAAACAAUGACUGAAAUUCGGGGAUUCAGUGGUUUCAGGUGAGAUGUAUAG